AUGUAUCGGUCAACGAAAGGAGCAUCUAAGGCGCGUAGGGAUCAAAUCAAUGCGGAGAUUCGCAACCUGAAGGAUCUUCUCCCUAUCACCGACACAGACAAAGCUAGGUUGUCCUAUCUACACAUCAUGUCGCUUGCCUGCAUGUACACCAGAAAGUCGCUAUUCUUCUCCCAAGACACUUCAUGCGACCAGAGCAGCGGUUUCAUGUCGUUCCACGAGCUGUCAGAGCUGAUCCACGAGCUGGCUGGGUUCAUGGUGGUCGUGACAGGAGAAGGAAAGCUUCUGUAUUUGUCAGAAAACGUCAUAGACCACCUCGGUCUCUGUAUGGUGGACCUAAUUGCUCAGAGUGACAGUGUGUAUGAUAUCGUUGAUCCCAGUGACCACUUUGUUAUGAGAAGCAACCUUGCACCAGCUGUCACUGGAGAUAAAGACCGACUGUUCCGAUGUGACUUUAACACCUCCAAGUUCAUCCGGAGGCAGAGUACAGGGAACAAGACCAUGCUGGUCAGGGCUCGCUGCCUGGCCCCGCCCAGCCCUGGCUCCUCCUACUGCACUUCCACCCCUGUAUGGGUGUGCUUCUGCACCCCCCUGAGGCUCAAACCCAGCGCACACACCACUCCGGGGGGCCCCCCUCUAACUCCCCCGCCGGAGCACUCCUUCUUUCUAGCCUCGUUCCACUCUCAGCACCUCCGGGACAUGACGGUUUGGGAUGCCCAGGACAGUGUGACGGUGUACCUGGGAUAUGAUGUGGAAGCUCUUCGCUCGCGGUCCUGGUACAGCCUCCUCCAUCCCAGAGAUCUCUCCCAUGCCUCCACACAGCACUGUGCCCUGUUGAGUGAGGGUGUGGACAAGCAGGUGGAGAUGGUGGUGCAGGUGGAGACAGCUGAGCACUCCUGGGUCUGGCUCUACAUGGUCCUCCAGAUGGGGGGUGGGGAGCACCCCAUCACCUGCAACAACUAUGUCAUCAGUGAGUCAGAGGCAUGGUCCUUGCGCCAGCAGCUGAGUUUGGAACAACAGAGUCACAGUUCUGGUUAUUACAGUUCUGGUGACUGCAUGCCCCGCCACUCGGCUCUGUCCAGCCCAGACCAGGUGUUCACUCCCAGCAGCAGUGGCUUGUCGGCCCAGUCCUUCGACUUCACCACAGCCCAGUCUGGUUCAAGCUUCUCUGACGAGGUCAUGCAGCCAGCUGAUCAGCAUCCCCCCUCCAGGAUGUCAUCUCGGGAGGAAGAGAGCUUGAUACUUGGACGACAGCAGUGGAACAGCUCUGUCUCUCCCUCCACUUCCUCCUCCCUCUGUUCUCCACAAACCCCCAUGAGCGGAGACUAUUCUAUUGGCGUAGACCAUUUCAGUAGCGUCCAAUCGACGCCUUUUAACUGCAUGGCGGUGGGCGGGGCUACGAUGGCUGCCAGGGCAGCAACUAGGAAAACCAUGAACGAGACGGCGGAGGACGAGCUGAUGGACACGUCUGAGUUUCCUGUGUCCGCCUCUCUCGCUGCCUCCCAGGAGCCUGCCUCUGUCCUGGACCAUCCCGCCCGCCCCCACACCGUGCCCCAUGCUCAGUUCCUCAUGGAGGAACUGGUCGCCAUGGAUCAAGUGUUUGAGGCAGAUGUCUCUAUUUCCCCAUUUUGGGGUAACAACCUGAGUUGUAUCAACUCCCACUCAACUACCUUGGCUUCACGAAGCUUCCGCCAAGGAGGAAGCCUGCGUGACCCUGCGUUCUAA